UGUCCAUGUUCCAUCAGAUGUCUCCAAAACCUUCAAAAAUCUGGAUUUUUAUUUAAUACUUAAGUAAUUUUGAGUGGUAUAAAGAUUGUUUUCAUCAGAUCAUACUUCGAUGUUACCUUUUUACUAUUACAUGAACACAUAUAACAUGAGUACAGUGAGAUGAAGAUACAAUCCUAUUGUUUUAUAAUGUGGGUAUAUUUCAUUUUUACUGUGAGAUGAAGAUACAAUCCUAUUGCGCUUUCUUUAACUUGUUUCUUACGGAAGUGAAGAGUUUCCUGUCAGAUACAGUGCUGCUUGAGAGCUACUAUAAAUAUAGGUGGUCUUAGCUGAACCACAAGUUACAGGAAAUACUAUAUCCCAGAGAGUGCUAGUGUGUGAGAAUUUCAGUGAUGGAUAGUGGAAUUGGUUUGAGUGGUAUAGAGGCUUUGGUUGCCAUUGUGGUUGUAUUGUUUGGGGGGGUGGUUUUAAAGCUUUUUAGAGAUCUCGUAUGGAGGCCUUUCACCUUCUCUAAUGCUUAUAGAAAGCAAGGAAUCAAAGGUUCACCUUACCAUGUCCUUGUAGGAAGUUUGCCUGAGUUCAGAGAGCUUAUGAGGAAAGCCCAUGCAGAGCCUAUGAAGGAGAUUUCUCAUGACAUAGUUCCUAGAGUUAUGCCUCACUACCACAAGUGGAGUCAGAUACAUGGAGAAACCUUUUCCUACUGGUAUGGAAUUCAUUCCAGGCUGUACAUUGCAGAACCUGAGCUGAUUAAGGAAGUGCUGUCCAACAAAUUUGGUUACUAUUACAAAACUACCCCCAGGCCUCUUGUAAUGGCUUUACUGGGUAAAGGACUAGUUUUCGUAAAUGGACUGGAGUGGGUUACCCACAAAAGAAUCGUGAGCCCUGCCUUCAAUGUUGACAAACUCAAGGCCAUGGUGAAGAGAAUGGCUGCUUGCACUUCAUCCAUGCUUGAGAGAUGGCAAGAGAUGGUGACUCAGGAAGACUUUCAUGCUAAAGAAAUUGAUGUUCAUGGCGAGGUCAGAGCAUUGACAGCAGACAUCAUAUCCCAUACUGCAUUUGGUAGCAGUUUUAAUGAAGGCAAGGAAGUAUAUGAAUUGCAAACAGAAUUACAAAGCAUGGCUGCAGAGGCUGAACGUUCUAUCUUUAUCCCAGGAAGCCAAUAUAUCCCUACAAGUAAGAACAGAUAUGCAUGGAAGAUUGAUAGAAGGGUGAAGGAAAUCCUGAAGACUAUAAUUCAGAGCAGGUUACAGGCCACCCCAGAAGGAGCAACUGAUCUUGGCUAUGGAAAUGACCUACUUGGAAUAAUGAUGACUGCCAACAGAGGGGAAUUGAAUGGCAACCAAAAGAACUUGAGCAUGACUAUUGAUGAAAUCAUGAACGAAUGUAAGACAUUUUUCUUUGCAGGCCAUGAAACUACUUCCAAUCUAUUAAACUGGGCAUUAUUCUUGCUGGCAAUAAAUCCAGAAUGGCAGGAAAAGUUACGAAAUGAAGUCAUCAGUGUCUGUGGUACAGAUAUCCCAGAUGCGGACAUGCUUAGCAGGUUAAAAUUGAUGAUUAUGGUCAUAUAUGAAACUCUAAGAUUGUACCCACCUGCCACAAUGCUAGUGAGAAAAGUAUACAGCGAAAUGAAGCUAGGUCCUAUUGUACUUCCUAAAGGAGCAGAAAUCACAUUGCCCAUAUUGGCAGUGCAACAUAGUGAGAAGUUCUGGGGUCCAGAUGCCAACAUGUUCAAACCAGAGAGAUUUGCAGAAGGUGCUUCAAAGGCAUCUGUUCACCCAAAUGCUUUCAUUCCAUUUUCCGUAGGCCCAAGGGCAUGCGUUGGCCAAAACUUCGCCAUGUUGGAGGCAAGGACUGUUCUCUGCAUGAUUUUACAGAGGUUCUCAUUCACUCUGUCCCCUGUUUACAAACAUGCACCUAUUGCUGCGCUUACUCUGCAGCCUCAGUAUGGCAUGUCAAUCAUCUUCAAGAAUAUAGAGGUAUAAUUUCAGAUAGAAGGUGCUUCACUCCUAGGCCCCCCUACCUGUUUUUCAUGCUAUUUUCUAAUUUUAUGUAUAAUUUCUAGGGUUUCAGGGGCACUUCUAGGUGUCCCUGCCCUGUUUUAUGUUCCAUCCAUCCACCCAUCUCAAAAGGCAACUCCCUUCAACAUGUGUAGAAACCCAUUGCAAAGAUAAGCAUUCUUAGCUUCCAAAGAUAUAGUAGGAGGAUCCUUCCUUAGGUCUCUUAAAACUUACAAUUGGUUAUAAUUGAGGUUUGUAUUUUUCAAAUUAAGGUGUUUUUAAAUUUGAAUGAAUAUAUGUACUUAUCUUA